AUGUACGUUCCCCUACCGACGCCUCCGCUAGACACGCUUUCAUGUCUUCUGUUUUCCCCAGACAAUGUGUUAGCAGUAUCCACAUACGACGAAUCUGUGCUUCUAUAUAACUGCCAGGCGUCCGACGGGCUCCGCCCGCAACUCGCGGCCCGGAUUUCUGCGCCCAGCGCCGCGCUCAAAAUGGUGCACACGCGCGCGCGAACUACAUUCGCCGGACUCGCCGACGGGUCUGUGCGGCCGGUUGAUUAUGAGAACAUGAAGAUGGACCUGCCUGUCCUCGCCCCAAAACAAACUCUUUCCGGCGCCAUUAGCGGAUUGCAAUGCAUUCCUAACCAAAAUAACAUUGUCGCUAGUAGUUUGGAUGGCACUCUUUCCAUUUUGGACCCGCGAGCACCGCGCGUGUGCCAUCAGGCGGGUGGCACCAAAAUUCUAGCCAUGGAUACGACUGCAAAGUAUAUUACGGUGGCGCGCGCCGCCCUGAUCGUUGAUAUUUACGACUUCCGCGCGCCCGAUAAACCACUUCAAACUCGUGCUAGCGGUUUGCGUUUUCAAGUGUGCGCCCUCCGCAGUCUUCCAUCGGAAGAAGGGUAUGCGCUCAGUAGCAUAGAUGGCCGGGUAGCAGUAGAGUAUUUUUCUGACGACUUUCAACAAGAGAAAUACGCAUUCAAGUGCCACCGCACGAAAGCAGAUGGCGCAGACAUGGUUCAUGCCGUGACAGAGGUGCUUUUCCAUCCACUUGGUUCCAUGUUCACGUCUGGAGGCGACGGUUGCGUGUGUGUAUGGAACUGGCGCUCGCGCAAACGCAUGAAGCAGUUUCCGCCGCUCCCAGGCACGCCGCACGCUAUUUCGCACAUGGACAUUAGUGCGGACGGCACCACAUUGGCUUUGGGCGCGAGCGACGAUCUGUACAUGCGGCGGGCGGACUUUGACGACCGCACUGCGCUUGAGCCCAGCCGAGUCUUUAUUCGACUUCUAGGCGAAGCUGAGGUUCGUCCACGGACAGAGUGA